AUGACCAAAUAUGAAAAGGACAAGGUGAGACGUGUUGUGACUCCCAAGUCCACUACUGGUAGGCUUGAGGUGCCUAGAGAUAUCUAUGACUUGUGGCAAACUGAGAAGGGCAAGGAGAAGCUUCUCAACAUGUGGUGCAAAAGUGGUGGUGUAAAGAUCAUCUUCCUGCAGCGUGUGGAGAUCCUGUCGACAACCACCAAGUCCAAGAAGAUUGAGGUGAAGGGUGGAUUCUAUAGCGAGGAAGAUAUGCGUACCGAACUGGGGUAUUCACCGGAGCGGAUAGAAAAGAUCAAGAAGUGGGCGACGGCGCGGAAGCUGGUCAGGCUAUGUGAGUAUGACCCAGACACCCUCGAAUACUGGGUGAAUAUCCGGACGUCUGGGGUCUUGUCGCGUGAAGACCUGCAGAAACUGUCUGUGAGUCAAACGCAUGAGGGUGAGGGUAAUGGUCUUCCCGACGUUGGGCCUUUGGACGUGGAUGGUGUUGGGGCUUUUGCGGAUCAGCAUGUCCCAGCUGACAUCGCUAUGGAAGGAGACAACAGGACCUUGGACAAGCUCCGCAAGAUCACCAAUGAGAUGGAUAACGCUUAUGAAAAACUUGCGGACUACCAAGCCGAGGGGGAAACAUUGGGCUUUUCAGAAGAGUUGCUCAGAUGCUGUAAUACAUAUAUCAUGGUGUUAGACAUUUUGCAUUUUGUGGCGAAAGCCAAAAAAGCCCGAAAGGUCAAGAGUGAGUGCAAUCCUGCGCAGCUGAGCGACACCGUCCACCACAUCGCAAAGCUCUAUGCAAAGGGCGCUACUGCAUUGGAUUGUGUGGAGGAAGCCAAAGCAGCUUCUAGCAAAGAUAGCUGCCGCGUUUUGCAAGAGAUUGCCAAGGCUAGUCUACAAAGCGCAGAUGAACCUUUGUUUCAAGCCUUGAGCAAAAGUGGGUUAGCUGUCAACUUCCCAACAGUCAGCCUUCAGUUGGACAAUGCUUUGUCCUACCCAUGCUUGCCACCCAAAGAACAACUUGAAGAAAUGGCCGCACAGGGAUGCUUUCACAAGGUGCUGGGUGUUCCCGUCGCUUACACGGACUAUGUUUUACCAAAGUUCUGGGAGAAGUACAAAAAUAUAUAUCCUCAUCACAGUAUAUUUUCCGAGCAGGGACUUGACUACACUCAUCUCCUUCCAUUUUAUCUUCAUGGUGAUGGAGGACGAACAUUCAAGAAGGACCCCAUCCUAAUACUGAGCAUGUUCAGUGCAUUCGGGGAGGGAACAGCCAAGAACGCGACUGACCUUCAGCCGAUGAAGCGACCACGGAUGGACACAUCUGCGUGCUCGAGUGGACACAUCGCGUAUGAACCGGGGGUAAAUUUGCUUGGCAGCACUUUGCCAAACAGGUUCCUUUUUACAGCUAUCAAAUGUGAGCUGUAUAAAGACAAGCGCGAGAGGUUUCAAAGUUUACUGCAUACAUGGGGUUGCUACUUGCACAAGCUCUUCCAAGAAGGCUUCUCAGUGAACGGUGAAAACUGGCGAGUAGCAAUCCUUGGUCUCACGGGGGACGCCCCGUUCCUUCGCGAAGCAGGGAACCACACAAGGAGCUUCAGCAAUGUCGGCAAGUCUUCUGAAGAGAGUGCAAAUCUCAAGGGUUGCUGUUGGCUUUGUGGAGCGGGAAAAUCGAAUGGGCCUCCCUUCGAAGACUUGCGGAUCACGGCUGCAGCUGCCUGGACGGGCACCGUCGGUCCAAGCAACGAGCUCCCUUGGUCCACUCCCGGCCCCUUGCUGGAGUAUCUUCCCUUGAACGAGCGAGACUUAGCUUCCUUUUAUCGCCCAGACUUAUUUCACAUUUUUCAUGCCGGUGUUGGAAAAGACUUCGGCGCAAGUGCGCUGAUCUACGUGAUGAAGCUGGCAUACAAGCGUAGACCAAUACAGUUGAGCGUUGAUUUGAUCAAUGGGGAGCUGCGGGCCUUUCUUACUGAGAACAAAGGGGAGCGACUGAACUUUGGAAAGUUUUCAUUGGACAUGCUGGGGUAUGCCUCAUCAAGGUCCUUUCCUUCAGGACAUUGGAGUAAGAACAUGGACACCUCAACGGUAGUCAAGUUUGUAGCGUGGCUCUGCGCCAAGAACUCAGCAGCGCAUACUGGUGAUACCAUUUUGGAGUGUAUUGCAGAUGCUUGCGCUGCAAUUGGCCAGUUUAUGCAUGUAGUGUUUGAGGCAUCGUUCUUCCUCACAGAAUCUGAGGGGUGGCAACUGGUUGCAUCGGGUCAUGCUUUUUUGUCUUGCUACGCUCGCUUGGCAAGGGAGAGUUGCAAUGCUGGGCUUUGUUUAUUUAAGCUCAAGCCAAAAGUCCACAUGUUUGCUCACAUUGUUCAUACGGCUUUUGAGCAAUACAAGCUUGGCACGGAUCUGGUGAUCAACCCGGUUGCGGAAUCCACCUUCAUGCUGGAAGACUUUGUGGGCAAGGUGGCGCGGCUUUCCCGUCGUGUCUCACCAAAGUUGCAAGGUGUAAAAAUCAUCUAUCGUUACCUUGUGGCUGUGCAUCAAGAGUUGCAUGGCGUGAGUCGCAAGUAA